AUGAGUUCUACAACGGCUGCACUCCCUCCUUACAACAAAAUCCAUCUCGUCGGCGUGUGGGUUGAGACCGUGCUCUGGUCCUGGUCACCUUCCUCGCUGCCGUAUGGAUUAUAUUUUGGAAACGCAGUGGAGCACAUCAAUGGUAAGGGGACAUGCGACGUCCCACCUUCUGUCCAAUUCACACUCCGUAGGAUGCUGGGAGCAACAUCAAUUCUGCUGUUCACGCUCGUCACCGUGCACAUAGGAGCCUCUCUGCAGCAGCUUCUUGAAGCUUUCAUAUACAUUCCCGCCGGUGCGCCAGCGGACUAUACAACUCUCUAUUGGCUCAAUUUCCGGAAUCCAAUGUUGAUCCUCAAGAGCAUCCUUUACACAACGACGGUGUGGGUACAAGACAUUGUUCUAAUCUGGCGACUGUACAUUGUGUGGGAUCACAACUGGAAAAUCUGCGUACUUCCCCUCCUACUCGACCUCGCACACAUUGGAACCGCAUAUGCCGACGUCUCGUACACCUCUAAGCCCAACGUCAACUUCUUCAGCGGCGCCAUUCGGAGCGUGACGCUUUUCGGCUGGGCCGCCGACCUCGUUAUCAACAUCUCGGUCACGACUCUCAUCGCAUCGCGGCUAUGGUACAUGGGGAUGCGUGUGCGCUCCGUGCAAUCGCGCACGGGCCAGUCACGCAUCGAGAACCAGUAUCUGCCCGCCAUCUUCACGAUCAUCGAGUCCGGCGCGCUCUUCGCCGCCGUCACGAUCUUCAUGCUGUCCAUCUACGUCAGCGGUAACCCUUUCAACCUCGCGGCGGUCGACAUCUCCACCCAACUCGCGGCACUUACGCCGUUACUGCUGAUCGUGCGCGUCGGGCUCGGUCUAACGCAUGGCCUGCCAGCCGCAUUCAAGAGCCUGAAGGCCUCGGAGACCAUGGGCGAGCUGUCCACGUUCCAGGCGAAUGCCCAGACCACGACGAAUUCGAUGCGAUUCACUUCGCACGGCGGGACGACAACGACUGCAGGCGCCACAUCUGCACUAGGGGAGACGGACGUCGAGCUGGAGAGUAUGAAGUUCAACCCGUCCGUGAUAUCCGUCAAGGAACCCGUGCGCAUCCUCUCAGAGAGCAAGGGCACCUUGGCAUAG